GUUUGAGGCAAGAAUCACAUGUUUCUAAAGUGAUUUCCAUUAUACUAUUUGACAUAAAUUUGUAUAGAGGUUAAUGCUGAAUAUUCCUAAAGUGUUAGAGGUCUUGGAAGGAGUAAAGAUUCAAGAGUGGCUGCUAGGCCUAUUGAAAGGUAGUUACUAUGACAUUGGAUACGUCAUGACAACAUGUAAACAUCUGUAGUUUUAAAACGGUACCGCGAUGACAAGUACGAAAAGUGCAGCAAAAGAAAUAGAUAAAAGUAUUAGUCCAAACAUUCUACAUUAUUACGUAAUCGACAGACGGAUCGGCCAAGGUGCUUAUGGUGUAGUUUGGAAAGCAUACAAGCGAAAUACUAAUCAACCUGUGGCUUUGAAGAAGAUAUUUGACGCUUUUCGAAACACAGAAGACGCCCAAAGAACCUUCAGAGAAGUCAGCUAUUUGAAAGCAUUCAAAGGUCAUCCUAACGUUAUACAGCUUCUGAACAUUCACAGGGCUGCCAAUAAUUCUGACUUAUAUCUGGUAUUUGAAUACAUGAAUAUCGAUCUUCAUAAUUACAUCACUUCAGGAAACAAACUGGACGAUAAUCAAGUAAGGUAUAUUAUAUAUCAAAUAUUGAAAGCACUAAAAUUCAUACAUUCAGGUAACGUAGUCCACAGAGACCUGAAACCUUCCAAUAUUCUCCUUAAUACGAACUGUGAGUGUAAAAUUGCUGAUUUCGGUCUAGCUAGAUCUCUAGGAGAAACCCGUCUCGGAACCAGAAAUCCGUUGACCGAUUAUGUUGCGACGAGGUGGUACAGGGCACCAGAAAUACUUCUAGGAUCGAAGAGGUACUCACAGUUGGUAGAUUUGUGGAGUCUUGGCUGUGUAUUGGCGGAGAUUGUAACUGAGAAGCCGAUGUUCCCUGGAGAUUCAACGACGAACCAGUUGGAACUUAUAAUAUCCACAGUAGCCCAAGACGAUAAGGAGGUGGAGGCUCUAAGCAGACUAGGGGUUGGCCGGCCGAGGAUCGUGAAGGGAGUUCCUCUGAAGGAACGCCUUCGGUCCUCCAGCUGCGAGUGCAUUGACCUGACCUCGAGGAUGCUGAGGUUGGACCCCGCUCAAAGGAUCAGUGCUCAGCAGGCCUUGAGGCAUCCCUUCGUCUCUAGCUUCAGGAGUAGGCGAGGAGAGCCAGUCCUUGGAAGAACUGUGCAAGCAGCCAUAUCCGAUAACAGUCGCCUCACCGUCCAGGACUACAGAACCGCUCUCUACAGUUAUGAUGAGCGAAAACCGAGGACUUUCCUUCCGUCGAACUUGCCUGCAGUAAAUAGAUAUUCAAAAAGUCGGAACAGUGUCUCCUUCAAUAAGAAACCUUUUUCUUCAGAACCAGAAAAUACCACUUACAAAGCUAGGAUUUAUGAAUCCACGAGAUAUCCACCAUUAUCGACUAAAACUUGUUUCAGAGGUAAUUUUCAAAGUAAAGUUAGCGUACGACAUUAAUGAGUCUUUUAAUACUAUUGUAUGAUACAAAUGUUCUACUAGCAUUUGUUAUAUGUCAAUAAAACCUUUGACUGAUUUGUUUUUAAU